AUGGUUUCGCUGUUCGGGCUGGACGUCGAGGACAUGACCGAGUUUACCAGGAACGACGAGAACAGGGACCAGGUCAUAUUCAUGCACCACCUCCGCUUGAAGGCGGAUGUCGAGUUCGGCACCGACAUUGGAACCGAGGCUCUGGUCGAAUGCGUUAUUGAGCGUAUGCUCAAGAGGUUGACAUAG